AAAACCAAAAAUUUACUUGGCGCGCAAGUGCCCACCAAAAGCCCUAGGGUUUUAGCGUCUGAAACUCUCUGGUCUCCUCCAUUUCCGGGUCGGAACAGAGCACCGAUAAUCCUGCCUUGCUGCUCUUCUCGAACUCAACUAUUCACUCUGCUCCACACAGCCAUUGCUCUUCAAUGGAAUCCUCAUGAACCCCUCAUCAAUUUCAGCCCCGAAUCCCUGUUUGAAUCCACCCAUGGCUCUUCCUUCUGGCCUCCGCAUAACCGCCACUUCACUCCUGCGUCGCCGCUUCCCAGUGCUUUUUGCUCCGUCCCAUUUUUCAAAACUCCGUCCCGGCAUCUCGGAGUUGCGUUUCCUCACCGUCUCUCGUCCCUCUCGGACCCGCCCAGUGACGAAAGUCAGGCGCAGAGUAGAGCCGGCCAGGGAGGAUGGGGAAGAAGGUAACGGGAGUUUGGCCCUAAAGGACCCAAGUGGAAAAGAUGGACGGAUUGUAUCAUCAGAGCUUCACAAAGAGGCCACCGAAGCGUACAUGGCGUAUGCAAUGUCGGUGUUGCUUGGACGCGCGCUGCCUGAUGUUCGAGAUGGCUUGAAGCCGGUGCACCGGCGGAUCCUAUUUGCAAUGCAUGAAUUGGGCUUAUCAUCACGAAAACCUUACAAGAAAUGUGCAAGAGUUGUUGGGGAGGUUCUUGGUAAAUUUCACCCUCAUGGGGACAGUGCUGUUUAUGAUUCCUUGGUGCGAAUGGCACAGGAUUUCUCUCUACGGUGCCCACUGAUUCAGGGGCACGGGAAUUUUGGUUCAAUUGAUGCUGAUCCCCCAGCUGCCAUGCGUUACACAGAGUGCAGACUGGAAGCUCUAACAGAAGCUAUGCUAUUGGCUGAUUUAGAACAAGACACUGUUGAUCUUGUUCCAAAUUUUGAUAAUUCACAAAAAGAACCUUCACUUCUACCUGCACGGGUCCCAACUUUAUUGUUGAAUGGUUCUUCUGGAAUUGCGGUAGGAAUGGCAACAAACAUUCCUCCUCAUAAUCUUGGAGAGUUGGUGGAUGCAUUGUCUGUGUUGAUUCAUAAUUCAGAGGCCACGCUGCAAGAAUUGUUGGAAUACAUGCCUGGACCUGACUUUCCAACUGGAGGACUAAUUAUGGGUAAUGUUGGCAUCAUGGAGGCAUAUCGAACUGGACGUGGACGCAUUAUAGUCCGAGGAAAAGUUGAUGUUGAAUUACUUGAUGCAAAAAGCAAGCGUACUGCAAUUAUUAUAAAGGAGAUUCCAUAUCAGACAAAUAAAGCCUCACUUGUUGAGAAAAUUGCCGAGCUUGUGGAAUCUAAGAGUUUAGAAGGCAUAAGUGAUAUCCGCGAUGAAAGUGAUCGUGCUGGGAUGCGUAUAGUCAUUGAGCUUAAGCGAGGAUCAGAUCCAUCGAUUGUUCUGAACAAUCUCUAUCGCCUCACUGCUCUUCAGUCAAGUUUUAGCUGCAACAUGGUGGGUAUUCUCAGUGGACAACCUAAACAGAUGGGUUUGAAGGAGUUGCUUCAGGCAUUCUUAGACUUUAGAUGCUCUGUUAUUGAAAGGCGCACGAGGUUUAAGCUCUCGCAAGCACAAGAAAGAAGACUUGUUGUUCAGGGUAUCAUAGUGGGGCUUGAUAACUUGGAUGGAGUAAUUGGCAUAAUUAGAAAAGCUUCAACCAAUGCAAAAGCAUCAGCCGAUUUGAGAAAUGAGUACAGUUUGUCUGAAAAGCAAGCUGAUGCUAUAUUGGACAUAAACUUAAGAAAGCUCACACUUCUUGAGAGAAAGAAGUUUGUUGAUGAAGAUAAGGCCUUGAUGGAUCAGAUUUCCAAUUUACAGGAACUUCUGUCUAGCAAAAACAACAUACUCCAGCUAAUAGAACAAGAAGCAACUGAAUUAAAGAAUAAGUUUUCUACCCCAAGGCGUUCAAUGCUGGAGGAUUCUGAUGGUGCUCAAUUCGAAGAAAUUGAUGUUAUUCCAAAUGAAGAAAUGUUACUGGCAUUUAGUGAGAAGGGUUAUGUUAAGCGGAUGAAGCCUAACACCUUUAAUCUUCAAAAUCGCGGAACAAUUGGAAAAUCUGUUGGCAAAUUGAGAGUAAAUGAUAUGAUGUCAGACUUCCUUGUUUGUCAUACCCAUGAUCAUAUUCUUUAUUUCAGUGAUAAGGGAAUAGUGUACUCAGCUCGUGCGUUUAAAAUUCCAGAAUGCACUCGAGCUGCUGCUGGUACACCACUGGUCCAGGUUUUAUCAUUAUCUGAUGGUGAGAGAAUAACUUCUGUCAUUCCUGUGAGCGGAUUUUCUGAAGAUCAGUAUCUUCUAAUGCUUACAGGAAAUGGCUACAUCAAGAAAGUAUCUUUGAAUUCGUUCUCAUCAAUCAGAUCGACAGGAAUCAUAGCAAUUCAAUUGGUUCCUGGUGAUGAGCUAAAAUGGGUUCGUCUUUGCACAAAUGAUGAUGUUGUUGCCAUGGCUUCACAAAAUGGAAUGGUUAUUCUGAGUUCUUGCGAGAUUGUUCGAGCGCUAGGAAGAAAUACAAGGGGUUCUGUUGCCAUGAGGCUAAAAGAAGGGGACAAAAUGGCAUGCAUGGAUAUAAUACCUGCAGCCAUCUGGAAAGACUUGGAAAGGGCAUCAGCAUCUUCCCAAAGAGGUGAAAAGGGUUCCAGUGGUCCGUGGUUGCUAUUUGUGUCAGAGAGUGGUUUUGGGAAGCGCGUUCCCCUCAGCAGUUUCCGCCUAUCAUCUUUGAACAGGGUUGGUUUAAUAGGCUACAAGUUUUCAUUAGAGGAUCGCUUGGCUGCUGUGUUUGUGGUUGGAUUCUCGUUGGCAGAAGAUGGUGAAAGCGAUGAACAAGUGCUUCUAGUAAGCCAAAGUGGGACAGUAAAUAGAAUUAAGGUUCGUGACAUUUCUAUACAGUCACGUUACGCAAGGGGAGUUAUUCUCAUGCGGCUUGAGCACACUGGAAAGAUUCAAUCAGUUUCCUUGAUCUCAGCAACUGAAACUGAAACUGAUGAACUCGAAGCGGAAGCUGCAGUUGAUCAUCACCCUGAUAAAGCCGCUGUACAGUAAGCGUUCGCACCAUGUUUAUCCUGAAUUGCUGCGGCACAAUGGUAGCGUCCCAUGGUACAUGGGAUGUCAGUUUUGUUAAUGCCAAUCACAUACUUUUUUAUUUAUUUUAACUUUGCAAGUAUGUAUAGAAGGGAGGUCAGAACCAUGAUUAUUAGUUUGGUUCAGGAAAUGUAUGAUCUAUUUAUAUACGGUGUUGUAUUUUAGGGUAAGAAAUGGAACAAAUAGCUAUGAUAAUUUAGUUUUACGAGUGGUGGGUUUAAAAACUCAUCCUCAAUGGAUUGCUUUCCUCAA